GCCGCCAUCCUGGAGUACCUCACCGCCGAGGUGCUGGAGCUGGCGGGCAACGCGUCCAAGGAUCUGAAGGUCAAGCGCAUCACUCCCCGCCACUUGCAGCUGGCCAUCCGCGGCGACGAGGAGCUGGACUCACUGAUCAAAGCCACUCUUCUCUCCGCAGGUGUCAUCCCCCACAUCCACAAGUCUCUGAUCGGGAAGAAGGGACAGCAGAAAACAGCAUAG